AUGGGUCAAUAUGACGAGCUUGGUCAGUCCGAGGCAGAGUUUGUCAAGAUUACCAACACCAAGUUCAAUCAGAUCAAUGGCCACACUACCUUGUGGACCGGCACCUUGAAAGAGACUGCCGAUGCAGAAAUCGCGGGUUUCAAGUCCAGCAGCUACUAUGGCGAUUACCAGAUUGGUCCCGCAGAGCGCUCAGAGUUCCAUGAACAUGAGCGUCCCAUUGCCAUCUGUUUCUCUGGUACCGAGUCGGUCACAGACCUCUCAGACUCUUUCACUCUCACUGCACUUGACAUCAACCCCGCCAUUGCUCUCCUCAAUGAGAAAGAGUAUGAAAAAUACCUGGCCGAGCUUCACAAGCGAAAGCAGAAGUUAGCUACGACAGCUCAGGGCGCAAAGUACUGUGAUACAUCAGUCUAUUCUAAUGUCGCUUGA